UCAUGUGAACCGAAACUCACAUUUACAAUCGAUUCCACGUCGACAACACAGGGAAACGAAACAAACAAAGAAAUGGGCGAACCAAAACCAACUGAAACACAACCGACCAUCAUGGCUGUGGGCGUCCUGUACAAGGAGAUCGCGGAGCUGAAGAAGGGCAAGCUCGAGGGCUUCCGCGUGAGACUGGUCCGUGAGGACGAUCCCUUCGAGUGGGAUGUGGGCAUCUACGGGCCCCCAAACACCUUUUACCAUGGGGCGUAUCUGAAGGCCACGAUGCGGUUCCCCUUCAACUAUCCGAUGCAGUCGCCGGAAUUUUACUUCCGCACAACGAUGUUCCACCCGAACGUCCAUGCCAAUGGCAUGGUCUACAUGUCGAUUCUCCACGAUGGCACCUGGCUCCCCACGAUGAGUGCCAGCACCGUGCUGCUUUCGCUGGUAUCGCUCUUGACGAGCCCCGACACUGAAUGGCCGUGCAACAUGGACGCUGCUCACCUGUACAAUCAAUGGCGCAACUCGCAUGGCAAGGACACGUCCUUCUUGGAUCGUUUGGCUCUUCAGAAGACCGAAUGGAAGGAGAUGGCAAUGCUCGAUGAUGUUGUUAUUCCCGACACCGUAGAGGAGUACUGUCGCACCGCUCGUAUCGAGGAACAACUCGAUGAAGAGUUUAUCCUGAGCGAGCGCUACGAUUGUAGCGAGUACGGCACUGAUGACAGCUCUACUUCAGAGGCUGAAGAGGAUGAGACUGACGAUUAAAAAUAACUCUACACACGCUGCUCGUCGCUCGUCGCUCGUCGCUCGUCACUCGGCAGACGGCAGACGGCACUCAGAAUAUGAAAACAUCAUUGACACAACAUAUUUCUGGGGUUUUUGCACAUUCAAACACACAAAACACACUCAGACAUCUAAAAAUUACUGGUGUAACAAGCAGACACACCCCACCAAAAUGUACAAGACAGCGAAUGGUAACUCAAUGGAAAAUAAAUCCAGCAAAAACCAAAACCAAAA